AUGGCUUCAAUUACACCGGCCCCAGCCAGCAAUGAGGCUGCAGGCGCCUCGGGCUCACCACGGAAUGCCGCUGAGAAUGACAGUGCCGCUGGUAGCGCAAGUGACGCUGCUAUUGAAACAGGCGACUCUCCUGAAGGCGAUGGCCAGUCGAUCGCCUCGCUUGCUGGAGUCGCUGCCUCGGGCCAAGUUGACGCAGGCUCUGACGAAGGCACUGCUGGUGGGGACGUUGAAGCCAGCGACACAGACAGGGAAGGGACCGAGGGGAAAGUGCCUCCAGUUCUCGACGAUCUGGUUGACUUGAUUGGUGCGAUCAGUGAUGCUGCUUUGAUAGCGGUAUUGAACACAGUCGUCAGUUUAAAUGAAGCUGCGAAUCUUGACGAUGUCAACACCCUCGUCACUCCUGUCGCAGACGCAGUGAGCGUCGCGAUGAAAAAUACUAUCAUGCCGGAUGAGCAGGAGGGAGAUCAACCGGUCGCUCUCGACGGGGGUGCGAAUGGGGCUGCAUCAGACGCGCCUGACUUUUUCUAA